GUGGAGCUCUUCUCACCGUUCUCAUCUGGCAGCCCUGGUUAUGGCUCCCAGACUGGGGGAGAACUUCCCUUUGCAAAGUUAGAUAACAGGCCGGGUUCUCUGUCAGAGGAUUGGCGCUGUGGCUCCACGUGCUGCAGCUGGCACAAGGCCAGGUCCGCCCUGCCAAGCAGCGAGAAGGGAAGGCCUGGCUGCUGCCGUAGCUGGCAGGUGGCCGAGCUGGGGGUGGACAGGCGGGCUGGGCUGGGGCUGCCCAUUGGCUGCCUCAGGCUCACACCCCGCCUGCCUCCCUAGCCUGUGGCUCCCCAGCAGCCCCUGCCUCUCCAGCUGCUUCUAAACUCCGGAGCAAGCACCUCCUGCUGGGCCAUGUCGAGCUGCAACCAGAUUGGAGUGGCCCCUGCCAUGGACAUGCCUGAGGUCCUCAAGUCCCUGCUGGAGCAUUCUUUGCCUUGGUCAGAGAAGAAGGCAGAUAAGGAAAAGGGGAAGGAAAAGCUGGAGGAAGACGAGUCAGCAGCAGCCAGUACCAUGGCCGUCUCUGCCUCCCUCAUGCCACCCAUCUGGGACAAGACCAUCCCCUACGAUGGCGAGUCCUUCCACCUCGAGUACAUGGACCUGGAUGAGUUCCUGCUGGAGAACGGCAUCCCUGCCAGCCCCACCCACCUGGCACAGAACCUGCUGCUGCCUGUGGCAGAGCUUGAAGGAAAGGAGUCUGCCAGCUCUUCCACGGCAUCGCCACCAUCUUCCUCUACUGCCAUCUUUCAGCCCUCGGAAACCGUGUCCAGCACAGAAUCGUCCUUGGAAAAGGAGAGGGAGACACCAAGUCCCAUCGACCCCAACUGUGUGGAGGUCGAUGUGAACUUCAAUCCUGACCCUGCUGACCUGGUCCUCUCUAGUGUACCAGGUGGGGAGCUUUUCAACCCUCGGAAGCACAGGUUUGCAGAGGAAGACCUGAAGCCCCAGCCCAUGAUCAAAAAAGCCAAGAAAGUCUUUGUCCCUGAUGAGCAGAAGGAUGAAAAGUAUUGGACAAGACGUAAGAAGAACAAUGUGGCAGCUAAACGCUCCCGGGAUGCCAGACGCCUGAAGGAGAACCAGAUCACCAUCCGGGCAGCGUUCCUGGAGAAGGAGAACACAGCCCUGCGGACGGAGGUUGCCGAGCUUCGCAAGGAGGUGGGCAAGUGCAAGACCAUCGUGUCCAAGUACGAGACCAAGUACGGGCCCUUGUAACCUGUGCCCCUGCCCCGCAGGGCACUGCCUGCACCUCAGACCUCUGCCUGGGGCUUCCUGGACCCCACUCGUGUGGAGACUUAGGACUCUUCAUGGGCACAUGGUGGCGUACCUGCUCUAGGAGCACUCACGUCUCAGCUUCAUUAUAACAUGGCCAGCACAUGUGAUGACUUCCCCAGGGGACCAGGAUCCUCUCUCUUGGGGAACAUGAGCGAAUCUACGUAGACGGGUAAAUGGCCCAAGUCUCUCUUGUUGGAUGCUCCAGCUGAAUCAGAAGGGGCCUUCUGGAGUCCAGGUUCUCUUGUACAGAGUGCUCAGGCUUUCCUAGCCUUCCCCUCAGUCUCCAGUUUGGACUGACAAGGGCUGUCUACAGAAUGAGUCAUGAUUAUUGUCACCCUAAUGUCGUCUCAGGUAGCAGGUGCAUUUCCACUUGGGGUGUGUCUGUCAUGUACCUCACCCUCCCCAAAAUCUUUGAGAGAAACAUUCAUUCCCAUCUGUCUCAGAGCCAGGACAUGCUAAUCCUGUUAGUAUAGACAGGGUGGUGGACCACACAAGUGGGGUCUCUGGAUAGCCUGGAAUUAGGGUGGGGCUGGGGCUUGUGGUAGAAAUGCACCCAACCAUUCUUAGCUCCAACUUUUAUCUUGUGGCUCUCAGGCCUGAAGUGGCCCUGGAAUCAGUUUCCUCUGCAUCCCACUUGCUAUGGAAGAGAAAUUCCCAGGAAGGCUGGUCUCUGGGCUCUAAUUGCCAGCGCCUUUGUAUCUCUGGGCCAUUCUGAAGGCUCAUGACUUCCACUAGCCUGGUCUCUGAUUAUUUUCACCCAGUUUCCCUUCUCAGAUCUUAGGUUUAAGAAGAAAACCUAUCAGCUAGGAAGCUUGAGCUUCCAGGCCCCAGGGUACCACUUCUGCAUGGUGUUUAGGAAGCUGGCCUCCACAGUCUCCUGUUGUGGGCACCAGACCGAGGGGUUUUCUCUUGGGAUGCUCCAUGGAACCCUUGCUCUGGCUCACCAAUGGACCCAGGCCAGAAUCUAGUGUCCCUGAAGGCAGAAGAGGGCCUUCCACGUCACAGAUUAGAAUCCCUCCCCAUGGGUAUCAGCAGGCCUCCGUAUACGAGUUGUAUUUGCUGAAGUUACUUACAGUGCAGCUCUCAUGGGACAGCAGGCUCUGGAGACAUUUACACUGGCCUGCAGUCCCUCUGGAGUCGGAGGGUGCCCACACAGCUCUCACUGUGGGGCAGAGUGAUUUCUUGCAGCUUUGGCUCCCUCACAGCUGCACUUUUCUCUUCUAUUUGGCUGGAUUGGACAUCAUGGAACCCUCUGCUCACGUGGGUCAGGGAGGGCACCCUCCGGGAGGGUGUGUGUACUUGCUCAGGGCGGGCAGCCUGUGUGAAGGAGGCAGAGGUGAUGAGGGUGCUUUAUUAUACUUAACACUGGCUUUAUUUUAAAUGGUGGCUUAGUUUGGGGCCCCAAUCUUUUAAGACUUUUCAUAAUGAUGUUAAGACCAGGGCAGACUGUCUACUGGCCAUGGACUGCAGCCAGGAGAUGCCCUGCCCCUCCUGGGACCUGCACACCACCUCUCUGGGGAACUUGACAAAGGUCCCUAAGGCUAAGGGAGGUCUCCCUCCUACUAGGUCCCUGACUUUGACUCUGUGGUUCUCUAGGAACCGUGUGCACACUUGUCUCUGUUGUAACUACAAAGGGCAGUAGCACCCAGCAUGUCAGUGUCCUGCCCGGGCUGCCUGCCUCCUACCCACCCAGCACUCUUCUCUGGGCUGGCUGUUCACCCAGAGGCAGUUCUCAUUUUGUUACUGGUGGACAAGCCUUGAGCUGAAAAUCUCUUCGUUUUCUUUGACUAGAAAAUGUAAGGUUUCUGUUUUUUAAGUUUUAGUUUUAAGGAAUGGAUACUUAUCUCUGGAUGCCAUCUGUGUUCUGACCCUAGUGGGUGGAUGGGGCUUACCGUCUCCCCUUAGUCCCCGUUCUGCCUUGUGGUACCCUCCUUUCCUUCCAGAAGUAGGGAGUGGGUUCUGGCUCCUCCUAAGUGCUUACAGAAUCAUUGUCUGCUUGCUUCUUGGAGAAGCCUUUGGAAUGAAAAGUGGCUGGGAAACAAACCGGAAGGAGCAUGCCUAGAGGUUGACAUCUUGGAGAACAAAGUGUUCACGUAAGCUUGGCUCCUCUGUUGGCCUUAGGACCCCAAGGCUGCACAGAAAGAGUUGAGCUCUGCUGCUUGUCUUGCUGUGGAAGUCUCCUGACUCCCUCUAGGAGCUGACAGCUGAAGCCUGAAGCUCUUGCACUUGGAUCCUUGAAUUCUAAGGAGUACCAGGCUCCAGAAGCCAACUUGUAUUUGGCUUUCCGUGGGUUUGUCUUAGGAUGAGAAGUGUCAUCACUUCCUAAGCAUCCUGUUCUCAGCUAUGGCAGCCUCAGAAAAGACACCUGAAUGGGUUAGAACCCUGCAGGAAUGUACAUUCAAGAGAUGUCUUGAUAAAGAACUUCGUGCUUUUGGAAAGAGCCACCCUUUGGAGGACCUGUUGGUCACCUUAUCUUCAGCCCAAAGGCUAAGUUAUGUGGGUCUGACUCCUUUGGUUAGGGACAGCACUAGACAGUGACCCUAACCCUUGGUCCAUACUCCCUGCUGUGAUGGUGCUGUGGUCUGCUUUCCACUCAGGCAGCUCCUACAGUCCUCCAGCCUGGGGACAGAUGGGAAGCUUUCCAGGGGCCCCCAAGAGGUGUGCUCCCUGUAAGAGGGGCCUGUAAGAGGAGCUCUUGGUUUCCAGGGCAAAGCCCUACCCACAGCUUCUUUAACAUCUGUUAAUUAAGUGCAAUAAAUUUUUCUAGAAAAAGGCAAAGAUGAUUUCCAGGUAGAGAUUGCUGUCUUUUGGUGUUGGAUGCCAGAACACCACUUGGUUUUAUUUUUCUAAGUGCAUGUGAUUGGUAGAGUGUGUGGGCUCUGCAUCCUCCCUGGGAGCUGCAUUCCAGCAGCCCCUCUCCCUACCUUUGCCGGGGGAAAGAGGCCAGGAGAAAAGCCCUUUGUCCCAGCUGCAGAGGUGGAAGCAGACAGCAGCCCUUUGGCCUUACGUGUGUGUGUGUGCCUGUGCGAGUGUGUCCCUGCUGGUGGGCCGGAGUGAUGUGCUAUGGAGGGAAGUUGGGAUUGUAUCCUUUUCAAACAAAAUUAAAUAUUUUGAGACGAGAA